AUGCUCCAUAAACAAGUCUACCCACUUCCAAAAAUUUCCGAUUUUCUUACGGAUAUCAGCGGAUUUUCUUAUGCCUCCGCCAUUGACUUUAAGAUGGGAUAUUGGAACGUCCGUAUUACCCCAAAGUCAUCUAAGCUCUGUACUAUCACCUUACCUUGGGGCAAAUGUAGUUACCAAAAACUGCCCAUGGGCGCAAUGCCCUCAGCUUACAUUUUUCAAGAAGCUAUGAACCACCUCAUGGAAGGCCUUGGCGACGUCUUAACAUACUUAGACGGCGUCCUCUGUGUCACCAAAGGUGACUUUGAAGACCACCUUCAAAGGCUAGAACUAUGUCUCCAACGGCUCCACAAAGCCGGCCUUAAAGCUAAUUACCCAAAUCUGAGUUUGCAACUAUCCAAGCAAGACGCAACGACCUCAUACAUGAGUUCAAAGCCCUUGAUGAAAUUCACCAACAGAUAUUUUGGUUUUACUACCUACACAUCUUCACCAGCGGAGGUAUUGGUGGAGAUAUUGAGCUCUGUGGGUCCGUCUUUCACUACAAAAUUACGGCAGCUUGGACAGAGAAAAUCUCCAAGCAAAAAUUCACCUACAGAGCAAAGAAGCUGA